AUGUUAGGCACCUAUGGCUGGAUAUUUCUUACCGGUGUCAUUGUGUUCUUCCUUGUGAUUGUACUUCUCUUGUGCUUCACCCGAUCGCCUAUUGCGUUGUCCGAAAAUGUUGGCAAUGCCGACUUUGACGAAUGGCUCAUUGAACCUGAAGACGAAGUAGCGACACUGCCUGAGGAUGCAAGACUAAGUUAUGAACGUGCAAAGGUCUUUCAAGAGAGGCAUCCACCUGAUAGUAUUCCAACGGAUCUUACUCCCCCGCAACUCAUCUCCAUACAAGAAAAAGGCGUUUCUGCAUUUGAAUUCGAGUGGGAACCCGAUGCCAAUUGUUUUGUGGCGGGUCGUACAGAAGUUCAGUUCAUGUAUGGCGAGUCUUGCGUACAAACCAACUUGCCGUUGCCACGGAACCAGGAUGUAUAUUAUUGGGAGGCCAAGAUGUAUGAUCUUCCUGAUACAACCACUGUCUCUGUUGGCGUUGCUACGAAACCUUAUCCAAGUUGGCGGUUGCCAGGCUGGAAUCGAUACUCAGUUGGCUAUUUUUCACACAAUGGAUGCAAAUACUUCAGCUCUGUAUUCAACGGCAAGCCAUAUGGGAUUCCCUAUCAGCACGGUGAUGUGAUUGGUGUUGGAUAUCAGCAUCGCACUGGCACAGUCUUUUUUACUCGCAAUGGACGAAGAUUGGGUGAUGCAUACACAGGUCUACGCUGGAACUUGUUCCCCACCGUUGGUGCCAAUGGUCCAUGUCAAAUCCACGUCAACUUGGGUCAAAUGGGAUUUGUAUUUAUUGAAGCGAAUGUGAAAAAGUGGGGUUUGGCUCCUUCUCAAGGCACAUUAGCACCACCACCAGCCUAUGGAUUGGAAGGGGAUACGAUUCUUUUGGCAACCGGUAAUAACAGUGGCAACAACAACAACAACAAUGAUGAUGAGGAGAAUGAUGAUGAUACCGACAACCAACGUGGUAACGAUGAUGUCGCAAUCAAUAUGGAGCCUCCACCUUAUACAUCACCUUCAAGUCAACAAACUUCAUCUGCUGCUUCCAACACGGCUGAACAAUCGUAA